UAGUAAUCUAGGUGAUCCCCCAAAAGAAACUACCUGCCCUGUAUGUUCUCGACUCUAUCGUAAAGAAUGUGGGUACACCAUAUACGCUGUACUUCGGCCGAAAGCUCUAUCAGACCUUUAUGGAUGCCUACGCAUCCGUUGAUAUGCCUACCCGACGCAAGAUGGAUGAAAUGCUUAGGACCUGGAAGGGACCCAUCGCUGGUUCGCUUGAUACCCGACCUGUUUUCCCUCCGGAUGUCACGCGUCCUAUCGAAAACGCACUUAUUAAGGCGAGGACAGCACAUCUCCAAGCGCAGCAGAAACAUCAACAAGGUCAGCAACAGUUGCUUGGACGUGGUAGGCCGGCAAACCAGGGGGUACCAUAUCGAGAGACGCCUACUCCGCCAGGCUACCAUCCGCCUCCUCAGGCUAACGGCUAUCCCGCUCAGCCUCCCAUAGCUAAUUCUAACGGUCCAUCUUAUGGUAGCUCGAGCCAACUGCCUCCGGCGACUUACCCGCCUCACCCCAGUCAACCACAGCCUACGAGGUCAACACCUCAACCUACGCCGGGAUUAAUGGCCUUCCAACGCCCCCAGCUAGGAGGCUAUGGCGCACCACAGGCUGGAAUCAGCAUAGAUGCUUUGAAUAAUGACAUCCAGGGACUGAUUACGGCCUCCAAGGCCCAAAUCGCACUGAACCCGCAUGACCCUAGUAUACAGACAAGGUUGAAGGCGCUCGUGGAUUUGCAAACUAUACUACAAACGCAGAACCUGCCACAAGAUCAGUUAGUGCUUGUUAAGAAUCAAAUUGCUGAUCUUGCCGUGACUAUAAAAGCACCCCAAUCACAAACACCUACUCCCACGCCUAUCCCUCAACCUCAAUUACAACCACAACCAGCACCCGUAGCAGUAGCUCCCCCGCCGGCAGCGGCGCCAAAGGUUUCUCUAGAUUCGUUGUUUGGUGCAGGUACCCUAGCCGCUUUAAUGGCACGAAACUCUGUCACGCCUCAAGCGUCUUCACCUUACCACCCUCCUGCACCUGUCGCUAUUCAUACUCCGCCUCCACUAUCACAACCAAAACCAGUUGAACCUAAGAAACCAGUCACCGCACAUCAACCACCACCUCCUUCUGACCCUAUGGCACUCAUGAAUAUGCUGAGACAAGCUGGCUUGCUCCCGAGCACGGUACCGGCUAGUAGUUCGACACCUGUCUCUCAUCCAACACCUUCAAAUUCAUUUCCAAUUGCCUUUAACACCCCGGCUACGGUCCCGGUCAUUCAACACGUUCGCCCUUCUACUAUCGAAGGUCUUACAAGUGAUAUCAUUCUGAGAGCAUCGUCUCUUAAGCAAUUUCGCCCCCAACUGUUGCCCUUUCUGUUUGAAUCUCUAGGACCUCAAUGCACACAGUGCGGGCGACGAUUUCCGAAGGACGAAGAGGGAAAGAAGAAGAAGACGGCCCAUAUGGACUGGCAUUUCCGGGUGAACCAGCGUACCGCCGAAGCUGAGAAGCGAGGACAACACCGAAGCUGGUUAGUCGAUGAAGUGGAUUGGAUCAAAACGAGGGAGAUCGUCGACAAGGAUUACGUGGCCCCAUCAGGGGAUUCUAAUUCGGCCUCAGGCGGCUUCGCCCCUAAAGAGCCCCAGUUGCAGUAUAUUCCGGUGCCUGAUGAUCCUAGCUUAGCAAAUAGCGUUUGUAGCAUUUGCCAGGAGAAGUUUGAGACGAGGUGGCUAGAUAAGCAACAGGAGUUUGUGUGGCCCGAUGCUAUGAAAGUAGGCGAGAAGAUAUAUCAUGCUAGCUGUUAUAAAGAAGCGUUUAAGGACGGCGGAAACACGCCGGUGUAUUCCAGAGGCACUCCUGAGCCAGUAACAGGGAAAAGGAAAGCCGAGCAGGAUGACUUGGUUUCUACACGAAGUAAGAUAAAGGUGGAAGCUACGUAGGACGUACGCUCUGGUCCUGAAACCCUUAAUCCAUCGUGUUCUGUAUCGAAACGCAGCUAUAAACCGGCACAAUCCAGCCCGUUGAAGAACUGUACCUAAUAAGGAAUUGACUGUCUACGCCUUAGACACUAUGGAUAGAUUAGGUAGCUCUGGUUUUCACGGGUUUUGCUCGCGGCCUCAUUGGGUUGCGGCUACGGCUGCGGACAGCAGGAUAGACAUUCGGUUGUGUGCCCUACUCGUCUCCUGGAAGGGACUCUAUUGGCAGGUAGAACGAUAAUAAAUACAGAACAGCGAUCAUAGUUCGUUUGUAUCCAUUUCUCUUGGUGACUUUAUGUCUGCCUUUUCUGUCGCCAUGGUAACCCUACCGCGUGUGCUAUGAGGUUGGAGCGUAGCGGAAGCUAAUGCGGACUGCAAGAGACUGGUUUUAGAUGUAAUGAUAUAUACCUACCUACCUAGGUACCUAGGUAGGCAUGCUCACGUUCCAAGUAGCUUUGGGGUUAGUUCGCUAUGCUUCGGGAAUUAAACACUCAGUUGCCU